AUGCGUCUGCCCAUCUUCCUCGCAGCAUGCCUUGUGCCCUGUGCCCUGGCUAUUGACAACCCACAUAAGCAUGCCCCGAAGAGAAUUCACAACACUCGUGCACUGCAUGACCACCGGCGUCUUGUGAAGCGGCAAGCAGCGAGCUAUUUGACACAUCAAACUGAGAAAUUUGCAGUCAAUGGCUCGGCAAUUCCUCUCGUGGACUUCGAUAUUGGCGAGUCUUACGCCGGAACGUUAUCAAUCGAUCAAAAUAGCUCAAACCCCAAUCAGCUAUAUUUCUGGUUCUUCCCCUCGGACAACCCAGCUGCGUCCGAUGAAAUUACCAUCUGGUUGAAUGGAGGGCCCGGCUGCAGCUCGCUAGAUGGACUUCUGCAGGAAAACGGCCCUUUCCUUUGGCAGAGUGGCACCUACGCGCCGCAACCGAAUCCGUUUUCCUGGACCAACCUGACCAACAUGGUGUAUGUUGACCAGCCGAUUGGCACAGGCUUCUCUCCAGCGGCGCCCGGCGCCCCAGCACAGAUCAGAAAUGAGGUCGACAUCGCCCGAGAUUUUGCAGGUUUCUGGCAGAAUUUCAUGACCACUUUCAAUCUUACCGGCAGGAAGGUAUACAUCACCGGCGAGUCAUAUGCCGGGCAGUAUAUUCCAUAUAUUGCCAGCUAUAUGCUUGACCAGAACAACACAGACUACUACAAUGUCCGAGGAAUUCAGAUCAACGACCCCAGUAUUGGAGUGGACGCUGUCCUCAUUCAAGCUCCUGCGGUGACGGCUCUGAAUAAUUACAAAAAUGUAUUCGCCCUCAAUCAAUCGUUCAUGCACGACAUCAACGCCCGAGCGGAGCGAUGUGGCUAUUUCGACUUCAUGGACAAGGCUUUGACGUUUCCCCCGGCUGGCAAGUUUGUGGCACCAAAUGAUUCAGCCCCAGGUUGCGAUGUAUGGGACGACAUCAUUGCCGCGGCAAUUUAUGUCAAUCCCUGCUUCAAUAUGUACCAUCUAACCGACUUUUGCCCAUUUCUCUGGGACGAGCUCGGCUUCCCAUCCCUCGGCACGGGUCCUAACAACUAUUUCAACCGCAGUGACGUCCAAGCUGCCAUCAAUGCGCCACCAACUAAUUAUGUAACCUGCGGCGACGAUUCACUCUUCCCCGGCGGCGACAAGUCCCCACCCUCGAGUUUCACUGCUUUGCCGUCUGUCAUCGAGCGUACUAACAAUGUAAUUGUCGGCAGUGGCCUGCUGGACUUCCUCCUGCUGACAAAUGGGACUCUCAUGACACUCAACAACAUGACCUGGAACGGCAAACAAGGUUUCUCCAAGGCCCCCAGCGAUUUGUUCUACGUUCCAUACGAUCCGUCGUUAAACUUUGUUCUCAACGAGACCGAAACUCAGCCUAUUCCUCCAAUUCCCGUUGGUCUCGUUGGCGGUGGUGGAAUUCUGGGCACGACGCAUACAGAGAGGGGGUUGACUUGGGUAACGGUAAACCUUGCGGGCCACGAAAUCCCACAAUAUGUCCCUGGGGCGGCAUAUAGACAGCUCGAGUUUCUGCUUGGUCGGAUCGGCAACCUGACAGAGAGAGGGACAUUCACCACCCAGCAGGCGAAUAACAGCAGUACUGCCUCCCUAUAG